CCGAGAUAAUAAGUUACUGCAACCCGUGAUCCUAGUCAUCUGAGCUCUCGUUCAGGCACUGGUACAGUAAGGGAUGAACGUUUCAAUGUAUCCCCGUGUUUGUACGUCAAAACUGAAGCGUUCCGGUGAUUUACCAGCGAAUGACAAUUGUCUAGGAAUAUAGAGCAGUGUUUAAAAGAAAAAUAAAUAUUGUGGGCAUUUCAUCAAGAGCAAUGAGGACUACAGUGGCCCUGAGAGCUAGGAAAAGGAGAACAGAUGUGAUUUUUCUUGUGGUGGGAGUUAGUGUGGUCCUGUAUGGAAUAGCACAUCUUCUCCACGAAUUAGCCGCCUCUGGACUGGGUACUGCUUCAAGAACUCGUCGAGAUAUUUCGGCGGAUAAUGUAACCAAGUGCGUACAGGCUCCUUCAUCCGAAUUUCCUGAAGGAUUUUUCACACUGGAAGAGAGAAAGCAGGGAGGGAUCAUUAUUCAUUUUAUCAUCAUCCUCUACAUGUUGUUGGCUAUAGAUGUCGUGUGUGAAGAAUACUUCCUUCCUUCUCUAGAGGUUAUCAGCGAGUGUCUUGGUCUCUCCCAAGAUGUUGCUGGAGCAACAUUUAUGGCUGCAGGAAGUUCUACACCUGAACUGGUCACAGCUUUUCUAGGGGUGUUUGUGACAAAGGGAGAUAUUGGAGUCAGUACAAUAGUUGGGUCAGCAGUUUACAAUUUGCUUGGAAUCUGUUCUGCGUGUGGAUUAUUAACUACCAUGGUUUGCAGGUUGACUUGCUGGCCACUGUUCAGAGAUUGUGCAGCUUAUGCGAUCAGUGUUGCAGCACUAGUUCUUGUUAUCUUUGACAAUGCAAUCUACUGGUAUGAGUCUGCUUUGUUGUUGUUGAUCUAUGCACUGUACAUCGUGGUUCUGUGCUUUGACAUUCAAAUAAAUCAAUACCUAAUGGAGAGGUUUAGCCCAUGCUGCACCUGUUUAACACGAGCAAUGGAAGAAGACAAUGAACAGCAGCCACUAAUAGAUUGGCAAGAGAAAACUGGGCCAUUGGUACAUCGCCAUUCUCGAUCAGACAGUGGGAUUUUUCAAGAGGAUUCUGAUUAUUCCCAACUCUCUCUCAGUUUACAUGGGCUCUCUGAAAAGAUUGAAGACAAAUCCCAUGUUUUUGAAGUGCCUGAAUCAGAUGCAAAGCGAAUCAUGUGGGUACUAUCACUCCCCAUUGCUGCUUUGCUGUCCAUCACUACCCCUGAUUGUCGUAGACAUCAAUGGAGAAAGUGGUUCAUGCUCACUUUUUUCCUGAGUGCUGUGUGGAUUUCUGGAUUUACAUAUGUGUUAGUUUGGAUGGUAUCCAUUGUAGGUGAAACUCUCGAAAUUCCUGACACAGUGAUGGGGCUCACGCUGUUGGCAGCAGGCACCAGUAUUCCAGACACGGUGGCCAGUGUACUUGUAGCCAGAGAAGGCAAGGGAGAUAUGGCCAUGUCGAACAUUGUUGGUUCCAAUGUAUUUGAUAUGCUGUGUCUCGGAGUACCUUGGUUUGUUAAAACUCUAUUUGUGGACCCAUCACCUGUACAAGUGAACAGCAAUGGCAUGACCUAUACAACUGCUUCUCUCCUUCUUUCCAUUAUCUUUAUAUUUGUGGCAAUUAAAGUUAACGGAUGGAAGUUAGACAAAAAACUUGGAACUGCAUGUCUGCUUGCCUAUGUGGUUUUUCUCACAAUCUCAAUUCUAAAUGAGCUGGGAAUAUUAGGCAAUGUUCUUGUAAGAACAUGUGACUAACACUAAAGUUCAAUUGACACUUGGCUAUAACCAAAGCUGAAAUUUUUAACUUUAUCCUUUUUAAAAUUGGAGUUUGAGGAUAAGUGGUAUCAGCUCCCAUCAUCUUCAAUCUCUGUUUUCACUCAGGCUACCAUUUACCUCCCAAACCUUUUGACCAGUUUUCUCAACUCUGAUUUGAAGCUCAAGUAUCCUUCCUACCAUAGUCUUAGAUCUCAAAUAACAUGCUUACUGUUUUCUGUUGGUCUGUAAUCAUGUUGAUCACACCAUCCACUUGAACAUCUGUCCAGUGGAGUAUAGCUACGUGGCUAUAUAUAGCCAUAAUUAGAGAAUCACUGCACAAUGCUCUUUUCCACCAUCUACCAUUCUUAACCUUGUUUUCUAGACCCUUAGUUGUCAGCAUAACCACGGUACUGUAAUCACCACCUUUUCUAGUAUGAUGUCAGACUUUUAUUAUCCAUGCCUGGAGGGACCAAAUUUUCUCAUUUAAAUACCAGGAUUUGGCAUCAUUAGAAGUUCUUCCAGAGGCACAAGCUGGACCCUUCAAUCUGGGACAGCAGCUAGAGAACCACUGAGCUGAUGAUCUAACAUUUACCUCUGUCAUAAUUACCUUUUCAUUUCACUCCUGCCUCUGUUCAAACAUCCUCCCUCCUUAAUUUGUUCAUCCAUAACAUUAGGAUACAGGCAGCAAAUACUGUGAUUUUUGACCAACAUGGCUUUAGCCCAUCCAGCUUCCUAGCUCUAACCUGAAACAAUUUUGACUGAGUUUUGGGAGACCUCCUAAAAUUCAGCUUUAGAUCCAUGUCCACUUUUACAUUAUUCUUGAACGUUUGGGAUGUUUUACAGCAAAUGGUUCUAUUUACAUAGAAGUUGCUGUUGAUUAAAGGUUACAACUUGCCAUGGACCAUUUUUGCAUGUAAAACUAUGAAUACAAAACAAAAUGAAUUUGUAUGAUGUGUUAAACUGUAUUGUCUAGAGAUUUUAACCUUAAAAACCAAAUCAAAAUA